GUGCGGAAGUAAAUUACCCUCAGCUGCGGAUAUAAAUAUCCAUCAGCUGACGUGGUACGAAGUUCUUGUUGGAACAGCGCUUGAAAUUCUUGACUUAUGAGAACAGCAGCUCGUUUAGUCUGUGCUGUGAUUCGUAUAAUUUCAGUGAAAAAUAUUCGCUUUGUCUGGACGUAAAGAAGAUUUUGUGGUGCUGACGUUAAACUCUACAGCAACAUAGAUGGCGUUAGCUGAGGAAGCCAGUACGCCGUUCGUUGGGCUGUCAAACGUAUCCAUAUCGGAAGAAAUACCGGUGGAAGGGAAUAUUACUGUUCCCGCCGGCCCAUCCACAAGAGACGAUGCGUUUUCCACACUGGACGAGCCGGUAAAGGAAACUAUUCUGCGUGAUCUUCGGGCGGUGGGAAACAAGUUCUUCCAUGUGCUGUACCCAAAGCGGAGUUCAGCUCUAUUGCGGGAUUGGGACCUGUGGGGUCCUCUGCUGCUUUGUGUCACGUUAGCCCUACUGCUUCAAGGUGGCGCGGCCGACAGUGAUGACCAGGGAGGACCGCAAUUUGCCGAGGUCUUUGUCAUCAUUUGGUUUGGCUCCAUUGUCAUCACUCUCAACUCCAAACUCCUAGGUGGGACCAUCUCUUUCUUCCAGAGUCUUUGUGUGUUGGGAUACUGCAUUAUGCCUCUGACAAUGGCCCUAGUUGUGUGCCGGAUUGUCCUACUCAGUGGUUCGGGGAUGGUGAGCUUUGCUGUGCGACUGGCAGUGGUGACAGCAUCUUUUGGCUGGUCCACCUUUGCUUCCACGGCAUUCCUCGCAGACAGUCAACUUUCCAAUCGCAAAGCGCUUGCAAUAUAUCCUGUGUUUCUCUUCUACUUUGUAAUUGGGUGGAUGAUCUUGACGUUUUCACCAAGAAACUGAUAGAAGAAUGUUUUUGUUAAGUGAGCAAUUGGAAAAAAAAAAAAAGACGACUGGCUAUGUAUACCUAUACAUUGAAAUGGAAUUAAUUCUUACAGGUCAAGAUUCCAAACCUUUUAGACAAAGUCAAAACUGUGGUUUAGCUAAGCAUAAAAAGUUGAUGGAUAUAUCUUUUUCUUUUUUUACACGUCUUGCAAUUAGAUGGUAGAACAAUACCUGACUUUACAUGUUUCUAUGGGAGUUUAACUUCUGUAUAUUUUACUUUAUCAUUAAAAUUAUCUGAAAAAUGGGA